GCGAAACCUAACUCCAGCUCUUCUCGAACCCUCACUUAAACUCUCUUCUCUGGAAUCGUUAUCCCUGUUCGAAGCUUUUUCCCCAUCUCGUGUCGAACACAGGACAAUCUCGUUGUGCCUCCUUGACGAAAUCAUCUCGUUCACCAAACACUGUCGUUGGGCCUCCGUGGUUCGGUGGCGGUCUUCGCUGUCGCUGUUGGUGAGGGUGACGCUGAGACCUUCAUCUGCAAGACGUUGUUGGAUUGUUACCAGGCAUCGGUUGAGGCGGUUCUGUUGCGUUUUAAGGACUGAGACAGAUACCAGUUGGUGUUGCGAAGGCCCUUAGUGAAGGAACCACAAAAAGGCUUCUAGUGGAAGUUUGAACUUUGAACAUGUAUGGGAGAACAGCUUGCCAACUUGUGAAAGAAUUUGCAAGCGGAGAUAAGGGCCAGCUUGUGUCAUUCAAUAGUGACUUGGUUCAACAAGUAGUUGCAGAAUGCAGUCAACAUCUUCUUGAACUGCAGUCCCUGAUAAGGAAGAUGGAGGAAGAACGUUUGGAUAUCCAAACAGUAAGAAAUGCAGAUUAUUACGGAGCUCUUAUCCAUCAUCUUACUUUAGUCCGAAAUAAACGUUGCCUAAUGGCUUAUGUGUACAAUCGAGCAGAAAUUAUACGGAACUUAUUAUGGAAGAUAGGGCAUGUGCUUCCUCAAGAAAUUGAAGAGAAGCUUUCUCAUGCGGAGGGAGAAUAUUUCAAGAAGCAUUCUGCAGCAUUGAAAUAUUAUAUGUCGAAAGUGAUGAUUGAUCUGACUGUGGAUAUGGUACCACCAAAAGAUCCUUACAUCAAAGUAAGGGUUCUUGAUGACAUUGGAGACGGCAUUCUGCUUAGUGAUGAUAAGACUGCAAAUUUUGCUUGCCAUUCAAUGCAUCUUCUGAAGCGAACUGAUGCUGAGCAAUUUAUCUCACGGGGCCAAAUGGAGGAACUAUCUGGUUGACCUUGUAGACUUUUUACCCAGAGGAUAUGUAUGUCAGAAGGCCAUUCCAAAGUUGAUAUGGAUUAUGUAAUAUUUUCAAUUUUUUUUUUUUAAUUUAGAUUAAGAAAAUGGAUCAAAACUUCAUUUAUUUAUGUUUUAAAAUAUAUUUCCAAAUUAAAAAAAAAA